UAAAAUAAAAAAUAAGCAGAUUAUAUUUUUUUAUAAGUAUAUAAACAUAUAUGAAAUACGCAUGUAUGAGUCUAAGUAUGCAAGUGUAAUUCUACUAGUAUAGAGACUACAGUUGUAGUUUUAACUGACAAUAUUGUAUUGCGCUUUGCCCACUUCCUGGUGUAGAGUAAAGAGACUUGGACGCGCUCGUUGUUUCAUUUUGAUUUUCAGUCUACAUCAAGACUUGACGCGGUUCGGCUGUAAUUUAAAUAUCGUAUGCACUGUGUACAUUAAAAUAAACAUUUAUAACUCCAGUUUAUUAACUUACUAAUUUGUUUUGUUUUCAUUAACAAUUAAUCUGCUAUUUACUGGUUUUAUUAUUGUGGUAAUUUGGAUUUUAUCUCAACAUUUUGUUUUUCAAAGAACCGCUAAAGAACUCUGGAUACGAUAAAAUGGUCGAAGAGGAGUGAAUUGCUGUAGAUAUAAAUAUAAUUAACGUAGUCAUUGGAGUUUUAAAUAAAUUAUCAGAGAUAUAACAACAAUGACGAGUGGCGUCCACCAAACAACCCACGUAUCACCAUCGCGGUCUUCCUUGAACUGUUGUCAGGGUUCGGAUGACACUGCCAGUAUUAACGAUGUUACUGGUGUACAGACAGUUACUGGAAAAAGUAAUUAUGUCGUUAAAACAAAGCAUGCAUUUCCAAAACGUCCUGAAGUUGAUUUAGCCUUCAAUAAUAUACGAUUUCAAGUUCGCUCAUGGAAUUUCAGAAAAUUUGUACCAGAGUCGAAAGAAAUUCUCCAUGGAGUUAGUGGUGAAUUUCGCGCUGGUGAACUGACCGCAAUAAUGGGGCCAUCGGGUGCCGGGAAAUCGACGUUACUGAAUGUCUUAGCAGGAUUUACCGUCCAAGGUAUGACAGGCGAAGUUUCAAUAAACGGGAAAGAACGUUCUCCGUACAGCGAAAGUUGGAAAAGGACAUCGACUUACAUUCAUCAGGAUUCAAUACCACGUGCUCAGCUAACUGUUGGUGAAGCUAUGACUCUUGCUGCGAAUCUUAAAUUAGGUUACACAAUUAGUUCAGCAUUCAAACAUACUCAGGUCUUGGAGCUUCUGGAAAUGUUGGGAUUGAGUCAUUGCUAUGAUACAUUAUGCGGUCGUUUGUCUGGAGGGCAGAAAAAAAGAUUGGACGUUGCAUUUGAGCUCUUGAGCAAUCCUUCAGUAUUAUUUCUCGACGAGCCGACCACAGGUCUUGAUUCAGCAUCAUGCAGCGCGUGCAUUGCGUUGCUGCAUCGCCUAGCAAGGACAGAACGACGUACAGUCGUUUGCACGAUACACCAACCGUCAGCUCUACUAUUCGAGAUGUUUGAUUCGCUGUACGCUCUUGCCAAUGGGCACUGCAUAUAUCGCGGUCCCAUAUCGUCAUUCUUGCCACAUCUGACCUCCGUAGGAGUCAAUUGUCCAGCUUAUCACAAUCCCGCGGACUUUCUAAUCGAGGUCGCGAUCGGCGACUACGGUAUAACUGUCGACAAACUUGCAACGGCUGCCGAGAAAAUAUGGGAAGACCGGAAGACAACAACGAUAACUACAAAACCCGGAAAAGUCUCGGCUGAGGUCAAGGAGCCACCACCGCCAGCUGGAUUCCUCGCGCAGUGUUACCUCUUGUACAAGAGACAACUCAUGUGCUUGAGAAGAGAUUAUUCAUUGAUGAUGACUAGGUUACUUUGCCAUCUCAUGAUUGGCAUAAUAUUUGGGUAUCUCUACAUGGGAAGUGGCUACCGCGCUAAUGGAGUUUUUGCAAAUUAUGUUUAUCUGUACGGCUCACUUUUGCUGAUUGUCUAUACCGGGAAAAUGGCUGUUACUCUCGCGUUUCCCAUAGAGAUGCAGAUAUUAACGCGGGAGCAUUUCAAUCGGUGGUACAGAUUAGCGCCUUAUUACAUAAGUCUUCUGCUAGUCGAAAUACCAUUUCAAGCAGCAUGCGCUAGUACUUAUUUGGCUGUCAGCUACUGGUUGACCGGACAGCCCAUUGAGACCCACCGCAUAUUAUUAUUCAUGGUCGUCAGCAUUGCAGCUAGUUUGACUGCUCAAGCCUGGGGAUUUUUCAUCGGGGCAACUACUCCAGUCAAGAUUGCGGUUUUUGCGGGCCCAGUGAUUGCCGUCUUGUUCUCAGUCUUUGGUUUCUGUAUCCGUUAUAUGGAUACACCGGUCGGAUUUCGCUGGAUUUUCCAUAUUUCGUACUUUAGAGCCGGAUUCCACAGUCUCUUGUACACAAUCUAUGGUUACAAUCGCAUUGACCUAAAGUGCGAUGAUAUUUAUUGUCACUAUAAAAAACCUCUUAAAUUUUUGAAAGAAAUGGAAAUUAAUGAAGUCAAUGUUAUGAAUAAUUUGGUAUUGAUUGUCGGCAUCGGUGUGCUCAUGCACUUACUUACUGCAAGCGCGCUUUGGUGUAAAUUAAAUAGACGAUAAAAAUUUUUAAUUACUUAUUUAUAACUAUAAAUUUAUAAAUGUAUAAAAAAAAAAAAAUGAUGCGUGAUUGUUCAGUAUUUCAUGAAUGUAUGAUUGUCAAUUACUCAUAACUGGCCUUAUUGUUACUCGAAUCAGAUAUAAUGAUUCAUUUCACUGACUUCAUUGUCAUUAAUAAUUCAAAGAUGCGAGGAAUUUAUACAAAUAUAAAAAAAUAAGAAAAAAAAAACAAAUUUUAAGUCUUGCCACAUUUUAGUUUUCAUUGUUGUGUUUAUCUAAAAUUUUAAUCAAUUUAGUUAUUAGAUUAUUGUUUAUUUAAUUAAUGAAUGAAUGAAUUGAUUAUUAAUUUAAAUAAUAAGUUUUUGUAUAACUUAAUUUUCCUGUAAGGAAUUUUGUUCAUUAAUAAUAUUAAUUAUUUUGUGUUUAGCAAAUUAAUUUUUGAACUAGUCUAAUAUAUCAUUGAUGUAUUUAAUAAUUUCUUUGUCGAUCUUU